CGAAAAACCCUUGUCUUUGCUUCUUUUCAUCGCGCCUCUUCUUUGCGUUGUCGCCCGCUGCGACCAUCUCUCGCUGCCGUCAGCCAUUAUUUUCUCCUCCCUAACGAAGAAAGGGUAACAAGGAUCUCACAACUGUGUUCAGCAUGGGAGGGUCCCGAGAUCAAAUCAAUAAGCGUCACAAGUCCCGCUUCUCUUCUAAAUCUUCUCGGCAUCAACAUAGAACCUCUGUCAAAGAGAAGAGUUUGAUAGCAAAAACAGAGUGCAGUAAUGUCAAAGGAGCUCGAGCGGCUCGAUUACAGAGAAGUAAAAUGAUACGUGACCAGAAAAGGGCAGCCCUUAUGAAAGAAAGAAGAGAACUUGGUGGAUCAAGAAAUCCUCCCAGAGUAAUAGUUCUGUUUGGGCUUUCUUCUUCUGUGGAUUUAGAUUCAAUUGCUGAAGAUCUUUUAUCACUACUAUCUGAAGAAGCAGUUACGGUGGCAUCAGGAACAGUUGCAAGUUCUGAAUAUAGGACUAGAGUAACUGUACUAAAAGCACCUCAUGGUGAUCUACGAUUGUGUCUUGAAAUGGCCAAGGUUGCUGAUCUGAUGGCUUUUGUGGCAUCUACAAACUCUUUAUAUGCAGAACGUGAUUCCUACUACAUCGAUUCAUUUGGAGAUCAAUGCCUUUCUGUCUUUAGGUCUCUUGGUUUGCCAAGUACUGUUGUCUUCAUUCGUGAUCUACCCAGUGAAAUUAAGCAUAGACAUGAGAUAAAGAAGAGUUGUAUUUCUAGUCUUGCCUCAGAAUUUCCAGAGGACUGUAAAUUUUAUCCAGCUGAUACAAAGGAUGAACUGCACAAGUUCUUAUGGCUCUUCAAAGAGCAGAGGCUUAAGGUUCCUCACUGGCGAACUCAACGGCCUUACCUCAUGGCGCAGAAGGUAGAUGUGGUAUCUGAUAACGAAAAUCCAGGGAAAUGCACUCUCCUUCUUACUGGUUAUCUUCGAAGUCACAGCCUUUCAGUGAACCAACUGGUUCAUGUUUCAGGUGCAGGAGAUUUCCAGUUGAGUAAAAUUGAAAUUCUCAAGGAUCCGUUUCCUUUGAAUUCAAGGAAAAAGCAGGACCUAAUGGAUUCUGAUGAAGUGGAUAAAUCAGAGGCCAUUGGUUCUCUGGUUCCAGAUCCCCUUAAACAAGAGCCUUUACUUGUUGAGAAUAUUCCUGACCCUCUUGCUGGAGAGCAGACCUGGCCAACAGAGGCUGAAAUGGCUGAAGCUGAUAGAGAUAAAAGACAGAGACGAAAGAGGACUCUCCCUCGAGGCACUUCAGAUUAUCAGGCUGCAUGGAUUGUGAAUGAUACUGAUGAGGAGGUAUCAGAAAGUGACAAUGAGGAUAUAGAUGGCAUGGUGUUGGAUGAAGGGGAAAAUGAUUUUCCUGGUCAGGAGAGAAACAAGUACUUGGACUUUGAUGGAGAUGAAGCUUCCCUCAAGUUCGGAGAUUCUGAGGAAGAGUUGGAUAGUGAUUCAGUGAUGAUGGACGAAGAUAGCAUGACUAGAGAGAAGAUAAAAGAUGAACUUAAGGAAAUUAAAGAAGCACAUGCUGCUGAUGAGGAAUUUCCUGAUGAAGUGGAUACACCAUUGGAGGUUCCUGCUAGGAAGCGUUUUGCUAAGUAUAGAGGACUCAAAUCCUUUAGGACUUCUUCAUGGGAUCCUAAAGAAUCUCUGCCUCAAGAGUAUGGCAGAAUUUUUGCAUUUGACAACUUGAAAAAGACUCAAAAACAUGUCCUUGCCAAGGCUUCGGAAAUGGAGCAACAAAACGGAGAAAAUUUUGUCCCAGUAGGUUCAUAUGCUAGAUUGCACAUCAUGGAAGUACCCUGUGGUGCUGCUUCCGAGCUUUGUGCACUAGCACAAUCGGUCCCUAUCACAGCAUGCGGCUUGUUGCAGCAUGAGUCAAAAUUAUCUCUUCUUCAUUUCAGUGUGAAGAAGCAUGAUACAUAUGAUGCGCCCAUCAAAUCCAAGGAAGAGUUAAUAUUUCAUGUUGGAUUUCGCCAAUUUAUUGGCCGGCCAGUUUUCUCUUCUGAGUUCAUAAAUACAGACAAGAACAAGAUGGAGCGGUUUCUUCAUCCAGGCCGUUUUUCUGUUGCUUCAAUUUAUGCUCCAAUUUCAUUUCCUCCUCUUCCUGUGAUAGUCCUGAAGAAAGCUGAUGAAGGUGCCAAGCUUUCAGUGGCUGCUGUUGGUUCACUGAAAACUAUUGAUCCAGAUAGGAUAAUUCUCAAAAGGGUUAUUUUGACAGGUUACCCCCAAAGAGUGUCAAAACGUAAAGCUUCUGUGAAACACAUGUUCUAUAAUCCAGAGGACGUCAGAUGGUUUAAGCCUGUGGAACUCUAUACCAAAUGCGGUCUUCGUGGGCGGAUUAAAGAACCUGUGGGUACACAUGGGACAAUGAAGUGCCUUUUCAAUGGAGUCCUGCAACAAAAUGAUACUGUAUGUAUCAACUUAUAUAAACGCGCCUACCCCAAGUGGCCAAGCCAUCUUUUUCCACUCACUGACAUUUGAAAGGUUGGUGAUGCAAAUCAUGGUCCAGUUUUCAAGGAUCAUUUGCAUUUUCACCAACAAUACGAGUCAUUGAUAGAAGAAUCAAGGAAGCAAUGCAUGCAUUAGUAAAUGAGCUGAAUAUCAUUUUUUAUUUGAGCUGAUGUAUUGAAUUUUGUUUUUUAUAUAAAAGGCUUUCUUAUUGUAAAUGGAUUACUAAUCCUAUUUGGGUUAGAAAUCCAUGUUAAUUUUUGUUUUAGUCGGGCAUUUUUUGGUGUAAAUGAAUUCUAAAUCCUAUCUUGGCUGAGAAUUCAUAUUGGGUUAACAUUAGUAGGUAUAAUCCAUUAACUUGAGUUCACCUUA